AUGGCAGCAAAAGACGGUGCCUCUGGUGCGCUCAGCUGUGAGCCCUCGGUUGCUCUUCCGGAGAGUGUGGCCUCAACAACGUCUGCGCAGUCUCCAUUAGUCUUGCCUCGUGCCAACCCUGGCCCCGUGGCUGUGGUAAGCUCGAUCUCCACUCGGGAGCCACAGCUAUGGUACUGCUGCCCGCACUGCGAGAGGAUGUGUCCUAACCGAAACACGCUGGCUGUCCAUGUGCGCAUCCACAUGGAAGAUAAGCCUUUCAAGUGCGCGCUAUGUCACUCGGCCUUCGCGACCAAGGCGUAUCUCAUUGACCACGUGAAGAGGCACAGCAGUGGAAAAACCAUGACGUGCAGCGUGUGCUUCCAGGGCAACUGCACCAAGCACGACAUUGUGCUCCGUCGUCGGCAAAGCGGAGAGCGAGUGUUCAGAUCCGAUCACCGCAACAAGGCAUUCGCUGUCUACGCGGGUAUUGGGCACACCGCGGCUUCUCAGGUUCCGUCACAGCAGAACAGAGCCCAGCCAGCUUGUGAGGAGCCGUGA